AUGUGCGAAGGCUCUCCAAAGUGGCACAAAGCACUGAGAGUGGCUAACGUUUGCGCGGCCAGCAUCACAAGGCACGUUCGACCUCCAGCGGAUUUGGCAACAGGUGUGGUGAUGUGGAGGAUGAGGAUGAUAGCAGAGCUAAUCGUCAAGAAAAGACAGCAGGCCAUGAAGAAGAGGAGAGCAAUGGAGCCCAUUCCUCGAUCGGACACGGUUGGCAGUGAGUAG